UCGAAAUCUCUAUGCGUACUUGAGCUCUACGAUGGUAUUCUAAUGCGUUAUGUCACAUCUUCUCCGGCCUAUCUCGGGAAAGAAACAGAAGCUUUAGACUUUGACCUCACGUAUUACCGAGCCAAAAAUCCGUUAGCACCGCGACUAUACGAAGAUUUUAUAGAAGAAAUCGAGCAAAUUGCGUUGUUCAAGUACAACGCCUUGCCGCAUUGGGGUAAGAACAGAAAUUUAGCGUUUGAUGGAGUGAUUAAAAAGUACAAGAACGUGCCGGCAUUCUUCAAAGUUAAAGAAAGCUAUGAUCCAAUGGGUUUAUUCUCAAGUGAAUGGACCAACCAGAUCUUAGGAAUCAAAGGAAAUGUGACGAUAAUAAAAGAUGGAUGUGCAUUAGAGGGUUUGUGUAUAUGUUCGGAGGAUGCACAUUGUGCUCCGACCAAAGGAUAUUUGUGUCGACCAGGAAAAGUCUACAUAGAAGCUAGAGUAUGUACACGUGUUGAUGACAUAAGUGUGAUCCAAUCAUUAAGUUACUAAUCUUCAUUGCUUCUUUUAUAUAUCAGAUUCUUAUCUUCUUUAUG